UAAUACGUGAAUAUUUCCGUCCGGUCAUCACCGGCCGUAGCCUCGCACGAAGUUGGGGGGUGGGAGGCGUAGGCCGUGCUAGUGAAUGUGUGACAGGAGAGGGGGCAGAGAGGAGGGGUAGCAGACCGAUCGGCACAGUGCGGAAUUUCGUGUAUGUUUGUAGCGUGUGUUACCGUGGAAUAGUGUGGUUGUCUGGAAGUUUCUGGCAUGGAGGACAAGACGUUUACUAAAGAACUGGACCAGUGGAUCGAGCAGCUCAAUGACUGCAAGCAACUCAACGAGAGCCAAGUGCGCACCCUGUGCGAGAAGGCUAAAGAAAUCCUUACUAAAGAGUCAAAUGUGCAGGAUGUGCGCUGCCCUGUCACUGUUUGUGGAGAUGUCCAUGGCCAGUUUCAUGAUCUUAUGGAACUCUUCAGAAUUGGAGGAAAAUCUCCAGACACCAACUAUCUCUUUAUGGGAGACUACGUGGAUAGAGGCUAUUACUCUGUUGAAACAGUGACACUUCUUGUAGCACUAAAGGUGCGGUAUCCAGAGCGUAUCACAAUAUUAAGGGGAAACCAUGAGAGUCGACAAAUCACACAAGUCUAUGGUUUUUAUGAUGAGUGCCUACGAAAGUAUGGAAAUGCAAAUGUGUGGAAGUAUUUCACAGAUCUAUUUGACUACCUACCAUUAACUGCUUUAGUAGAUGGCCAGAUUUUCUGUCUACAUGGUGGCUUGUCACCAUCCAUAGAUACACUUGAUCACAUUCGCGCCUUGGACCGCUUACAGGAAGUUCCUCAUGAGGGACCAAUGUGCGAUUUGUUAUGGUCAGAUCCAGAUGACCGUGGUGGAUGGGGUAUUUCUCCACGAGGCGCUGGCUACACAUUUGGACAAGACAUUUCUGAAACUUUUAACCAUGCUAACGGACUUACAUUGGUGUCUCGUGCCCACCAACUUGUAAUGGAGGGUUACAACUGGUGUCAUGACAGAAAUGUGGUUACAAUUUUCAGUGCUCCUAAUUAUUGUUAUCGUUGUGGAAACCAGGCAGCUAUUAUGGAACUGGAUGACACCCUAAAAUACUCCUUCCUUCAGUUUGACCCUGCUCCUCGCCGUGGAGAGCCGCAUGUUACCCGACGCACUCCUGACUAUUUCCUAUAAAGCAAUCUUUACAUGAUGCCUUCAUCUGUGCAAUUAUACUCCACAUUCAAAAACACAAGUGUGUAUGUAUAUCAGAAUAAACACACAUUAAUUUAAGAAUUGGAAACUGGUUUAUCUUAUCUCUUCCUACCCUUUCCCAAAACGCAUACCCAGUUUUAACCCCAGAAACCGGCAAUGAGACCAUCAUGGACCAAAAUGUGCCAUACUGUUUUUAAAGCAUUUAGCACAGUUCUGCGGUUCUGAGAACAAACACACAGCCAGCCCAUUAGUCAGUUUGCCUGCUGUAUUUGUAAGUCAUGUUUCCGUCUGGACUGUUCAAGCAGUAAAGGGUAACUUAAAAGGCUUUUAUUUCUAUUUGCACCUACUUUGUAAAAAUUUUAGUUGUAGUGUUCAGCUGGCAUGACCAAAACCAUUUGGAGUUAUUUUUAAGAAAAUGCACAAGCUUACCAUUCACUGUAUUUUUUUUUUCUUCAAUAAAUAAACUGGAGAAAUCUGACCUUGCUGAGUGUAUGCCAUAACAUUAAUGUACUUUUUCUGUAUAUUUGUCAAAAAAGUGCUUGCAGCUCCUUUGAUGUAUUUGAACAAAUAAACUUUCAAAUGUA